AAAUUGUAGAAAUAGGCGGGGUUUAGGACUUUGUGGCUGUGAUAACUAGGGACGACCCUACUACUGUGAGAAAAAAUCUACUGCAGCCUGCAGCCUAUGUCUGGUUUAUACCAAAAAAUUACUGAGUGAGCGUCUCGAUCAAGGCGAAUCUUUUCAUAGACAUUAUGGAACUCUCCAUCUUUGCAACAUCACCAAAUGUAUAGUAAACUAUCAAUUUGCGUCCAGGAGAAUAUUGUUGUUUAUUCGUAAUUUCUUUUCAUUUUGGUGUAAUCCAGGGGUUCACACACCCCUAUGAUUUUCAUAAAAUGGGAAACCUAACUAUGUUAUAGAGGGCAACUAUGUUAUAGAGGGCUGCGCGCUAGAUAUAAGCUACAUAUUACAAUACAAAUAGGCUUUUCAUUUUUUCCAUUUCCUAAUAUCACAAUGUCGGUUGCAUUUUCAUCGGCGCGCCCAAGGAGCAAAGGGGAGGUGACACAACAAACUAUACAAAAGGUAAUGCUAUUUCUUUUUGCUCCAUUACGUCGUCAAAUAUGACAUAUUUUGUCGACUUGAGAGCUUGCAUAGUCAGUCAGUGUCAAUGGUGGGAAAGUAGUGAACAUCAGCACAGAGAAGGCAACUGGUACAGUAGAGCGAGGCAAACAGCGAGGGGAUGAUAAUGACACUAUUAAAACAGAUUGACAUUACUCAAAGGCUACUUUUUGUUGUUGUUUCCGUUGCCCCCUAAAACUUCAGUGUGCCUUUCUAUGUAAGCUUACAUAACGGCUACUAUGUUAUGCGUUAAAACAUCAAUGUUGUCUAAUAAUAGAGCAUAAACAUCCUAGAAAAAUAUGCAAGUUUGUCCCGAGUCUGACUGAAAUAGUGCUUAUUCUGGUGCAUGCCCUUCAUAGGAUUUUUUUGUGAACUGUUGCGAGUGAUUUUUUUCUUGGAUCAAUAUUGUUUCUUUUGAAAACCAUACUCCAAAUUGUUACCAAAAAUAGCAAGCCUUGACAGAGACGUGAGAGUAGACUAGUGAUAAUUAUUUGGACAGCCACUGAGUGGUAAGAGGCACGUGCACUCGAUGAACGGAUAGUCUGACAGUGGCGACAGAGAGUGAUUCGUGGAAGGUGUGUGGAUUACGGGACAGUUUUGAGCCUACGUGCAGCAACAUCCUUGGACCUUUGUUAAACCGAGAGGGAAUGAGGCAGGCAUUGCAUUAAUUUAGGGUGGCUUUCAAAUGUUUUAGGGCAUCUGGAAGUAUUUUAACCAAACACGGUUAGAGCGCUUAAUUUGGAUAUGCGUACCGUAGUUAAUAGAGGACAGCACAGGUUCUCCUUUCUAAUUCACUCUGGUUUUUUUUGUCACUGAUGACGGAAUGUUAUGAUUGGCUGAAGAUAAUGAAAGACUUGAGUUGCAGGGAAAAAAACAAACAAUGGCUCCGUUCCACUGAAACAGUCUCUUCUGCGACGUUAAUGAUGCUCCAUGAAAAACAUCCGACCCAGAUAAUUGUGUUCAGCAAGAAAAUUUAAAAUCAGGACAAUUUAUUAUAGUGUAGUGACAUUAUAGUAAACUACUCUAACGUUUUUUUUGGUAACACUUUACUUGACACCCAGUGUCAUGACACGAUCAUAACAUGUCAUAAUAGCUGACAUAACUUGUCAUAACCUGUCAUAAUAUGGUCAUGACCCAUAUAUUUACACCUGUUGUGACAUACACUAUAUAUACAAAAGUAUGUGGACACCCAGUGGAUUCAGGUAUUUCAGCCACACCUGUUGCUGACAGGUGUAUAAAAUCGAGUACACAGCCAUGCAAUCUCCAUAGUCAAACAAUGGCAGUAGAAUGGCCUUACUGGAGAGCUCAGGGACUUUUAACCUGGCACCGUGAUAUGAUGCCACCUUCCCAACAUGUCAGUCCGCCAAUUUCUGCCCUGCUAGAGCUGCUCCAGCCAACUGUAAGUGCAGUUAUUGUGAAGUGGAAACAUCUAGGAGCAUCAACGGCUCAGCCGCGAAGUGGUAGGCCACACAAGCUCACAGAAUGGGUCUGCCGAGUGCAGAAGUGCAUAGAAUGUAUAAAUUGUCUGUCCUCGGUUGCAACACUCACUACUGAGUUCCAAACUGCCUCUGGAAGCAAUAUCAGCAAAAUAACUGUUAGUCGGGAGCUUCAUGAAAUGGGUUUCCAUGGCCGAGCAGCUGCACACAAGCCUAAGAUCACCAUGCGCAAUGCAAAACGUCUGCCGGAGUGGUGUAAAGCCCGCCACCAUUGGACUCUGGAGCAUCUGGAGUGAUUAAUCACUCUUCACCAUCUGGCAGUCCGGCGAACAAAUCUGGGUUUGGUGGACGCCAGGAGAACACUACCUCCCCCAAUGCAACUGUAAAGUUUGGUGGAUGAGGGAUAAUGGUCUGGGGCUGUUUUUCAUGGUUCGUGCUAGGCCCCUUAGUUCCAGUGAAGGGAAAUCUUAAUUCUACAGCAUACAAUGACAUUCUAGCCGAUUCUGUGCUUCCAACUUUGUGGCAACAGUUUGGGGAAGGACCUUUCCUGUUUCAGCAUGACAAUGCCCCCAUGCCCAAAGCGAGGUCCAUACAUAAAUGGUUUGUCGAAAUCAAUGUGGAAGAACUUGACUGGCCUGCACAGAGCCCUGACCUCAACCCCUUCAAACACCUUUGGGAUGAAUUGGAACGCAGACUGCGAGCCAGGCCUAAUUGCCCAACAUCGGUGUCCGACCUCACUAAUGCUCUUGUGGCUGAAUGGAAACAAGUCCCCACAGUAAUGUUCCAGCAUCUAGUAGAAAGCCUUCCCAGAAGAGUGGAGGCUGUUAUAGCUGCAAAGGGCAAGCCAACUCCAUAUUAAUACCCAUGAUUUUGGAAUGAAAUGUUCGACAAGUAGGUGUCCACAUACUUUUGGUCAUGUAGUGUAUAUUGCGUUAUCUUAUGGCUGGUUCUGACACUUACAUAAUAGUGUAGGUGUCAUUUAUUCAAAUAAUUGUAUUCCCUGCCAAGAAGUUUCCUUUGGUUUGAAAGUUUGUUUCUCAAGUCCUUUGGUGUUGUACAGUCAUGUUUUUUUUCAUCAUAUUUUAAUUAACUUUGACACUGUCAAGAAGAAUUAUAACCAUCCUGUGUCACUUUACUUGGACUAAUAAUAUACUCUUUUUGACCAUAAUCAUAUAAGCCAGAUAGGCCUAUCACGUACAAGCCCUUAUAUCAGUCAUCAGUCAAGAAGAGGGUGCCUUGUCCUUCUCCUGACAUCUGCUGUCACGACUUCCGCCGAAGUCGGUUCCUCUAAUUUGGCUUUCUAGCCAUCCAUUUUUCACGUAUACAUUUGUUUUGUCUUGUUCCCUGCACACCUGGUUUUCAUUCCCCAAUCAAUUCAUAUGUAUUUAUUCCUCUGUUCCCCAUCAUGUCUUUGUGUAGAAUUGUUUGUGUUACGUGUAUUUUGAUAUUGUGGAUAUUGUUACUCGCAUUACUUUUUGUCUAUGUUCUGUGUUUUCGGCAUAUUAUAUAUGUUACUUUGUGCUGUCAUUUUGACCGGAAUAAAAAGUGUGCCUGUUCACUACACUCUGCUCUCCUGCACCUGACUUCACCUCCAAUACACACUCCUAACAUCUGCUCCGGCAUUUAUCCCAGUCAUCAGCAACAGAGCAUUGGGGUAGGUGCAUGUCUGACAACAAUGUGUGAGCAAUUGCAAUGAUAAUUAACAAAAUGUUAAACAGCAUAAACAGACUGUUGAAAAGUAGGCUAUGGUGUAAUGGAAUGUUUUGCCUUGUGUGAUAGGUUUUGUGGGUUUUUACACUAUUAUGUAGGUGUCAUAACCAGCCAUAAAAUAUGUCUAUGUUGUGCACAUAUGCAUGUUAUAGGUUACUGUAUAGCAGAUGUUUGCCGGGAAACUCGAUGUUGAAUUGCAUAUAUAUAUAUAUAUAUAUAUAUACAGUCGUGGCCAAAAGUCUUGAGAAUGACACAAAUAUUAAUUUCCACAAAGUUUGCUGCUUCAGUGUCUUUAGAUAUUUUUGUCAGAUGUUACUAUGGAAUACUAAACUAUUAUUACAAGCAUUUCGUAAGUGUCAAAGGCUUUUAUUGACAAUUACAUGAAGUUGAUGCAAAGAGUCAAUAUUUGCAGUGUUGACCAUUCUUUUUCAAGACCUCUGCAAUCCGUCCUGGCAUGCUGUCAAUUAACUUGUGGGCCACAUCCUGACUGAUGGCAGCCCAUUCUUGCAUAAUCAAUGAGAGUUUGUCCAAAUUGGUGGGUUUCUGUUUGUCCACCCGCCUCUUGAGGAUUGACCACAAGUUUUCAAUGGGAUUAAGGUCUGGGGAGUUUCCUGGCCAUGGACCCAAAAUAUCGAUGUUUUGUUCCCCGAGCCACUUAGUUAUCACUUUUGCCUUAUGGCAAGGUGCUCCAUCAUGCUGGAAAAGCCAUUGUUCAUCACCAAACUGUUCCUGGAUGGUUGGGAGAAGUUGCUCUCGGAGGAUGUGUUGGUACCAUUCUUUACUCAUGGCUGUGUUCUUAGGCAAAAUUGUGAGUGAGCCCACUCCCUUGGUACACAUAAAUGGUCUCAUGAUGCUUUACUGUUGGCAUGACACAGGACUGAUGGUAGCGCUCACCUUGUCUUCUCAGGACAAGCUUUUUUCCGGAUGCCCCAAACAAUCGGAGAGGGGAUUCAUCAGAGAAAAUGACUUUACCCCAGUCCUCAGCAGUCCAAUCCCUGUACCUUUUGCAGAAUAUCAGUCUGUCCCUGAUGUUUUUCCUGGAGAGAAGUGGCUUCUUUGCUGCCCUUCUUGACACUAGGCCAUCCUACAAGUCUUUGCCUCACUGUGCGUGCAGAUGCACUCACACCUGCCUGCUGCCAUUCCUGAGCAAGCUCUGUACUGGUGGUGCCCCUAUCCCGCAGCUGAAUCAACUUUAGGAGACGGUCCUGGUGCUUGCUGGACUUUCUUGGGUGCCCUGAAGCCUUCUUCACAUCAAUUGAACCGCUCUCCUUGAAGUUCUUUAUGAUCCGAUAAAUGGUUGAUUUAGGUGCAAUCUUACUGGCAGCAAUAUCCUUGCAUGUGAAGCCCUUUUUGUGCAAAGCAAUGAUGAUGGCACAUGUUUCCUUGAAGGUAACCAUGGUUGACAGAGGAAGAACAAUGAUUCCAAGCACCACCCUCCCUUAGAAGCUUCCAGUCUGUUAUUCAAACUCAAUCAGCAUGACAGAGUGAUCUCCAGCCCUGUCCUCGUCAACACUCACACCUGUGUUAACAAGAGAAUCACUGACAUGAUGUCAGCUGGUCCUUUUGUGGCGGGGCUGAAAUGCAGUGGAAAUGUUUUUUGGGGAUUCAUUAAUUAAUUGCAAUUCAUCUGAUCACAAUUCAUCUGAUCACAUAACAUUCUGGAGUAUAUGCAAAUUGCCAUCAUACAAACUGAGGUGAAAAUUAAUAUUUGUGUCAUUCUCAAAACUUUGGCCACUACUGUGUGUAUAUAUAUAUAUAUAUAUAUUAUGUGUGUGUCAUGACAGUGUUAUGACCAUAUUAUAACAGGUUAUGCCAGCUGUUAUGACAUAUUAUGGCAUGUUAUCACCGUGUCAUAACGUGUUAUGAUGCUGUGUGUCAAGUGAGGUGUUACCUUUUUUUUUACCUCCCAAAGAUGCUGGAUGAAAAUCACCAUCUGAUACAAUGUAUAAUGGAUUACCAGAACAAAGGAAAAACAGCAGAAUGCACACAGUAUCAGCAGAUUCUUCACAGAAACCUGGUCUAUCUGGCCACGAUAGCAGAUUCUAAUCAGAACAUGCAGUCACUGUUACCUGCGCCUCCUACCCCCAUGGGGAGUAUGGGUCCUGGAGGGAUGGGGCAGAACGGGGGCAGUGGGCCCAUACACUCCCAGAGCAACCUCAACGACGCCAUGACACCUGGCCUGCCCCCCCCCUCCAUGAUGCAGAGUCAGAUGAGCAAUGGCCCCAGCCAUGCUCCCAUGCAGCAGCAGCAGCAGCAUGCGGAUCAGACACAGUCGGCUGGGCCCUCCUCCACGUCCCUCAGCCUGCCGGCCAGCACCCACAGCUCAGCCUUGGGCUACAGCCACCCCGUGCCCCCCUCUUCCCAGGGCAGCAUGAUCCAGGGGCCUGGCCCAAGCCCAGGCUACGGUUCUUCCUCUUCUUCCUCCUCCCGCAGCAACCUCAACAUGCAGUCCAACCCAGUCUCCAUGAUGCAGCAGCCUCAUUACCCGUCGUCCCAGACUGGGGCCGGGCAGCAGCACUACCAGGGCCAACAGACUGCUAUGGGCAUGUUGGGGCAGAGCGGACAAGGCAACAGUAUGGUGAGCCAGAGGCCCAUGGGGACUUACCGACCCACACAGCAGGGAUGUGCACUGCAGUACAUGGGACAAGACGAGUUCUACGGAGAGCAGUAUGGACACACUCAGAGCUCCAGUGAGCCCAUAAACCAGCAGUAUUACCCCGAUGGUCAUGCCGAGUACUCCUACCAACAGUCGUCCUACGGCGAACAGGGCUAUGAGAGGCCCUUUGACGAGUCCUCACAGCACUACUACGAAGGAGGCAACUCCCAGUACAGUCAGCAGCAAGCCCAGUACCAGCAUGGCUCAGGUCAGCAGCAGCCCUUCAGCCAACAACAGUACCCCUCACAGCAGGGCUACAGCACACAGCAACAGGGCUAUGGUCCAGGUCAGGGUGCGUCGUCCCAGUACUCCCAGUACCAGCAGGGUCAGGGCCAGCAGUAUAGCUCCUACCGCUCCUCCCAGGCUGCCCCUGGGGCACAGACACAGAGGCCCUACGCUUACGAACAGGUACAGCUACCCCUGACCCCACGUUUUGAGGAGGACGGUGCUGUCCAACCAAACAUUGGGGUCAAUAUGGAAACUACCAGCAAUAAGGCACCACCUCCUGGGCAAACUGGUGGACAGGUUAGGCAAGGGAACAGUUCUGUGAAUGCCCCUUAACAGUCAUGUGUAAACCAGUCUGAGUAAAUUAGUUAGAUUAAGCUCUGAAUCCUUUUAGUUUGCUGAGAGACAGAUUAGAAGGCUAGAAUAUCAGCUCCAUUGUCCGCUUGUUCACUAUUUUCUAGCUGAGUAGAGGUUAACUGGUUCAGGAGAUCCUGUAUGAAGCACCUCUCAUCUCUGCUUUCUCUCCUCACCCUCUAUAAGAGGCUUUGAAUUAGGGGGGUAUCUGGUAACAAAUCGGGGCAUCCUCAAUAGUAUUAUUAUAUUAACAUGGGCACUAUAUGUGUUUUAAACUCAUGUGAAAUUUUAAACCUGCCUCUAAAUGUCUUCCUUCCUUGGUCUGUGACCUCUAUCAGCCUCUACCUGGCUCCUCAUAUCCUCCCUUUCUGUCUUUGUCUUUCACAGGGUGCACAAUACAAGUGCUAUCCUCUCUUUAAGAAUGUAAUUGGAAAUGCGCCAAUUAGGUUGUUCACAUUUACAUAAGAUUGAUCUAAUAUCAUACAAUCAGCAUCUAUUAUUCAGUGUAGAGAAUAACUUAGAGUUGACUCUUGAUAAGUGUACUUUGAUUAAGGUGAAAAUGGGGCUUGUCGGUGGUGUUCAACCUGUCUUCAGGUUGUUUUUUUUUAAUCUGUGAAGUUGUGUAGGUCAGUGUGUGGUGUGACCGACUGUUUUGUGUUAACACUCUCUUUGUGUAAGAAGAACCAAUGUUUUAGUAAGGUAAUAGACACAAUAGCUGGUGAAUUGACAAGUGUGCAUCAACUACACUACAUUGCCAAAAGUAUGUGGACAUCUGCUCAUCGAACAGACUGCCAGAUGGUCAAGCGUGAUUCAUCACUCCAGAGAACGUGUUUCCACUGCUCCAGAGUCCAAUGGCGGUGAGCUUUAUACCACUCCAGCCGACGCUUUGCAUUGCACAUGUUGAUCUUAGGCUUGUGUGCGGCUGCUCAACCAUGGAAACCAAUUUCAUGAAGCUCCCGAUGAACAGUUAUUGUGCUGACGUUGCUUCCAGAGGCAGUUUGGAACUCAGUAGUGAGUGUUGCAACUUCAGCUUCUGUCAGUCCCGUUCUGUGAGCUCAUGUGGCCUACUACUUCGCGGCUGAGCCGUUGUUACUCCUAGACGUUUCCACUUCACAAUAACAGCACUUACAGUUCACCGGGGCAGCUCUAGCAGGGCCGAAAUUUCACAAACUGACUUGCUAGAAAGGGGGCAUCCUAUGACGGUGCCACGUUGAAAGUCACUGGGCUCUUCAGUAAGGCCAUUCUACUGCCGAUGUUUGUGUAUGUAGAUUGCAUGGCUGUGUACUCUACUUUAUACACCUGUCAGCAACGGGUGUGGCUAAAAUAGCUGAAUCCACUAAUUUGAUGGGGUCCACAUACUUUUGUAUAUAUAGUGUAUCAACACCAUCAUAAUCUCAUCACAUAAUACAGUAUGGAAAAUCCAUGUCCAUGAUCAACCCCUUUUGUUCAUUCUUAAAUUUGGUCUGAUUGCCUUUCUAUUUUUUAACGAAGUGUUUUUUUAAAUAAGCUAAAUCAUUUAACUUUUAUAUGGUAUAUUGGAACUUUUUCCAUCCUAUAUUUAUUUAUCAAUUAAUUGUAUUUAAUUAUCAGAUGUUUCAGUAUUUAUUAUUCUGUUUCAUUCUCUGUAAUGCACUUUUAUUUAUCAUGUCAUUCAAGUUGUUUCUAAGAAAUGAUUUCCAAACAGAAGAAUGUGUUUGGCAAUCGGUACAACACCUUUUCAAUACGAGCAAUACAGUCAGUCAUUGGAGCAGAGUGAUAUUAUCAGUAGGCUUGUAAUUAGAUUUUCUGUGUGCUACCACACAUUUUUGAGUCUAUAGCCUAUUAGAGUACAAAAAUGAAAGUCUUAUUAGCCUUGUGUCUUGUUGAAUACAUAACCCAAAGUAUUAUUGUUGGCAAUUGGGUUUGGAUUUUGCUUCAACUGUCUUAGCCCAUAUGAAUGGAUUUUUCAUUUUUUUAAAUUACGUUCUUACGAAAUUGAUGUAGUCAUAGCGUAUGUCUGUGAGUGCAUAUGACAUACUGACAUAUUUGGUUUGCAGCAACUAAAAAGUUUGCCAUUUGUCUUGCUCAAUUGACUAUAUUUGACGUGAUCAUAGAUCAAGUUCGGGGGUAAGGCCUUAGUGUUAUAGAAGACAAUUGUCAAAUCAGUUUGUCACACAAACACAUUGCCUUAUUAUUUAUUGACAAAGUACAAUAAAGAGAUUUUGUAAAAAGA